AUGAAGUUCAACCUAGUCCUUCUGCCUGCGCUGACUCUCGUUGCGGGCGCAGUCGCCGAUUGCGUCUGGCAUGAGAGCAUUCUUAUGUCUAAGGGUGAGCGAGACCAGCUCUCUCUGGAAGUUAAGUGCCCUCCCCCUCAAAACGAUGGGGAUGUGUACACCAAGGGAGACCUUAAUUUGAACCACUGUCUCGUGACGAAAAGCAACGGCAAAAUUGGGGCCCAGAAAGAUGGUGAUGCUUUUAACAGCAUCCCGGCCAAUGCUUGCUACGUGGAGGACAACAAGACUCUGGACUGCGGUGAUUGGGGCAGUCUUCCUAUCUAGACGAAGACUGAGACUAUGGGCUCGGCUUCGGCGGCGAGUCCGUCUGAGUCGGCAUCAUAA